GCGGCGGAGCUCGCUCGCCAGGCAGUGCGAACGUCCCGCGAGGCGGCAACCACGUCCGCGUGCGCCACGGGCCUGGGGCCGAACAGGCUCGGGCCCUGGCAGGUCGCUUGGUUCUCGGACGAGCUCGUCGAGUGCCUCCUGCACCGAGGCAUGGCGGCCGAGCGGCUGGGCGGCGCGUCCGGGCCCGCCUGGGGCUCCUUAGUCGCCAUGCUGCCGAGGCCUGGCGGCGGGUAUUGCCCGAUUGGGCUGCUCUGCGGGUUCCCGCUCUGGUGGGCGCGCCUGCGCAAGCCCUACUCCGACGCGCGGGGGGCCGCGCUCGACCCCGAGGACGCUCAGGCUUUCUGGGGCGGCACUGGCAAGGCAGCGAAGCAGGCUGUUUGGAGGCAGGACUUCAUGACGGAGUCGGCGAAGGCCAGGGAUCGGGCAUGCGCGCGCUUCCUGGUGGACCUCGAGAAGUGCUACGCGAUGGUGCUGCUGGCGCUGCUGCAGGCGACGCUGGCGGUCUACGGUGGCCCGAGGCAGGUCAUGGUGGGCUGCUUCGUCGGCGAGGUCUUCGUCUACGGGGGCGGCUUGAUCGCUGGCGACGUGCACGCCAACACGGUGCUCGGCUGCGUGCUCGCCCGCGUCGACGGGGCUCACCGUCGGGCCUGGGCGCACAACCAUGUUUGCAUCAUGGUCGAUGAUUGCUUGUUGUUCAUGGAGGGCCACCUGCUAGACAUCGUUAGCCAGCUGGGGGAGGCGGCUGGUUCCUUCCUCGAUGGUUUGGAGAGGACGCUGCAGAUGGUCGUGAGCCGUGAGAGAAUGGCCAUCGUCACCAGCACUGCGGACCUGAGGGGCCAAGAUCGCCAGCUGCGCAGAUGGCGCAGCAAGGUCGCGGCCGUCGUGGUUGGCGAGGGCGCGGGACGUUUCCAGGCGCUCGGGUGUUUGUUGGGCCGCCACCCGUGCCACGACCCGUGGUGCGAGCACGCGCUGAAGCCGCUGGCGGCGUGGGCGAAGGGGCUGCAGGCUGACGCGAGCGCCAUCUACCGCCGCGCGCUGGGAUGGGCCAUGGUGGAGGCGCAGGCGGUACUCGACAGCCGUGGGCCCGACGCUCUGGCAGGCCGUGGCCCCGCCGCCGCCUCGCUGUUGGCCGCCCAUCGGCUGGGCUGGCACGCUUGCGGGCCGCGCAGCUGGACAGACGACCGCGGCAUGCCCCUCGACGUGAUGGUCAUGGGCAAGCACGCCCUCGCGCGCGUUGUCGAGGCUGCGCGCGUGCGUUGGCUGUGGCGCGAGGUGGGCGCCGAGCCUGGCAAGGGCCACCUUGCCGGGGGAUGGGCCGCGCGCUUCGUCCGCAAGAGCCUUCUGCAG